ACGGUAGCCUACGAGAUCGGAGGCGGAGCAUUCAACAUAUGAUGGCGAACAGCGAGAGCAGUCGGGACGGUAGCAUGCCGAACGAAGACAUAAACGAAUCCGACAUGGAAUCGGAAAACGGUGUCGAAAACGGCGACGAGGAAGAGCUAAACACAGAUAAGAUGGACCCAGCUGAUCGCGAACUGUACGAAAAACUUAAAAGGCAGGAAAGAGAGGAGAGGGAAGAGAUCGAAAGGGAAUUAAAAGCGCAUAAAGAAGCGAUCGCCAGACAUCAAGAAAUUGAAGAACUUCGGGCGAAGGAGCUUCGACUUCACGCGGCGGCGGAACGUCUUCACCCGACUCCGGUGCGCGAGCGGGGCGAGAGGGAACGAGACAGGGAUUCUGAGAGAGAACUUCACCGCAAACAUAACGGCAUAGACUUGCGCUCCCCCUCCCGUAACCACGCCACAGACAACGGCAGCCUCACCCCACGGGACAUUAAAUCUGAACUGUCAAAUGUAUACGGUCAUACUGCCUAUUUGGACCGCUCCUACCCUAAGGCCUCUCCCGCACAGUCCCCCAGUUCCUCCCUAAACGAUGUCAGUCCAAGCCACCAUUGGUCAUUCCAAGAGCAAUUCAAACAAUUGUAUGAAAUCAACGAAGACCCAAAGCGAAGAGAGUUUCUGGAUGAUCUGUUCUCUUUCAUGCAGAAGAGAGGAACACCUGUUAACAGAAUACCGAUCAUGGCGAAACAGACCCUAGACCUGUAUGAGCUGUUCCGAUUGGUUGUAUCCAAGGGUGGGCUUGUGGAAGUCAUCAACAAGAAGCUGUGGCGAGAAAUCACCAAAGGACUCAAUCUUCCCUCCUCCAUCACCAGUGCUGCAUUUACACUCAGAACUCAAUAUAUGAAGUACCUUUAUCCAUACGAAUGUGAGAAGCUGAAAUUGAGCAACCCUGCCGAGCUGCAGGCAGCCAUUGACGGGAACCGAAGAGAAGGUAGACGGUCUAGCUUUGGCUAUGAUCUAUCUCCUGGCCCCACUCUCCUCCCCACUACCCACCCUCACCUUAACGCCAGUCUCAUCAACGGAAAACUUAGUUCACAAGAGUCAGAUUCCUCCCCAAAGACAAAAUUGUGGAGAGGAAACUGGAGUGAUUCCUUGGCACAUCUUCCGUCUGUCCACAGGGCUAUGGAACCAGCUCAUGAUGAUGACAGCCUACCUCCUACACCUACCCCGAUCAGGGUGUCCGAGAGGGACGCCAUAGCCAUGGAAGCAGCGUCCAGAGCCAUGGAAGAGGCUACCAGGAAAAUGGAAGCUGCAUCCAGAGCCGCAUCUUUAGAAGACGCACCUCCCAGAAAGAGGCUGUACUUGUCUGAAGAGGAGCGCUUGAUGGCCCAUGCAGGCAUGCCGAGCUGUCACCUCAAGAUCACUAGUCGAAAUGAUGGUCGCUGUGAAAUCGACAACUCUCUGGUAGUCAGUAUGGAGAUUAAUGGUAUAAUGUAUCAAGGUGUACUGUUUGCUCAACAUCCCAGACGCCUUUGAGACGACACUCCCAGUGACCUGUGUGCGCAGCAGGAUGUUUCACGGACUAUAUAUAUAUUUGCGUCAGUUGUUUGACGCUGGACAUGUAUUUGUGUAUCCCAAUUUUGACUCGACGCUUUAGUGAUGUGUCUCGUUGCGUGAUAUCUCUCCGUCAUCAUCAUGGGAGAUAAUCUGAACGCUGAUUAACCCCGCCCCACCCACACCACAAAAACUGUGUCGAGGAAAACACAUGUAUGAGUGGACAUGAGCGCCUCGUCGCCGUAAUUGUCAUCCCCCGUAAUUUAAUUUGGACUGUUUGACCUAGACCUUCAUAUCAGCAGCCUCAGCACAAGGACAGAGUGCUGCUCGUGUAUUUAUUGUCUUACUGUCAUCAUGGGCCCUCUUGUAUCACCUUACGACCACC